GACAAGCGAGCGAGAGAGAGAGGGGAAGGAAGGAGAAAGAGGACGACGACGACGGCCGUACGCCCUCCUGCUGCUCCAUUUCCGUCGAGCCCUGCCCCCUCCCCCCUCCCACUCCGCCUCUAAAUCUCACGAGGCCCCGCCCGCCUCCCCCGAUUCGCGCACCCCGGCGAGGCGAGAUCGGAUGCCGACGCAGAGGAGGCGCUAGCCAGCCGCCGCCCGCGGAUCUUGGGUUGAGGAGCGGGGUUGGGGGAGAUGCGGGCGAGCCGGCCGGUGGUGCACCCGGUGGAGGCGCCGCCGCCGGCUGCGGUGGUGGCGGCGGUGGCGGUGGAGGCCGGGGGAGCGGCGGCGGCGGCGGCCGUACAUGGGGAGAACGCGCAGCCUCGAGGGGUGCGGAUGAAGGACCCGCCGGGGGCGCCCGGGACGCCCGGCGGCCUCGGGCUCCGCCUCGUGCAGGCCUUCUUCGCCGCCGCGGCGCUCGCCGUCAUGGCCUCCACCGACGACUUCCCCUCCGUCUCCGCCUUCUGCUACCUUGUUGCAGCAGCCAUCUUGCAAUGCUUGUGGAGCCUUUCCUUAGCCAUUAUUGAUAUUUAUGCACUUCUUGUGAAGCGUUCUUUGCGGAAUCCCCAGGCUGUCUGUAUAUUUACCAUCGGUGAUGGGAUCACGGGAACACUAACCCUAGGUGCAGCAUGUGCAUCAGCAGGCAUCACCGUGCUCAUCGGCAAUGAUCUGAACAUAUGUGCAAACAAUCACUGUGCAAGUUUUGAGACUGCAACCGCGAUGGCUUUCAUUAGUUGGUUUGCGCUUGCACCGUCCUGCGUCUUGAACUUCUGGUCGAUGGCGUCCAGAUGAGAACACGGGUUGUGUUUAAACAUAAUUUUGGGUUGUUUGUCAGCCAGAUUACUCGGUGACAGCCGGGAAAAUACGUGGUGCAGCUAAUUAUACUACGACCAAGUUGAUGAAUGCCUGUGUAAUGAAAUUCGGUGUCAGAUUGUUUGUACAAAAUAGGGGAUAGUCUGUUCUGCUGGAGGGUUGUUGUGAAGCUCUGCUUUUUUUUUUUUUUUUUGAAGACGGCAUGUUUCUUGUAUGAAGCUUUUUGUGGUCUGAAAAUGAAUCACACAGCUCGACGUGCCGAUUUGUUAUAUCA